AUGAUUCGAAGUUAUAUCAAAAAUAUCAUACUUGCCAUUCUAUCACCUUUACUAAUCACCACACCCCCACUUGUCCUUCCUCCUCCAUAUGAGAAAAUAAUUCAGGAAAUCAUCACAGUGUUCUCCGUUGAUAAUUACGACGACGGUUCGUUGGCGCCUAUUAUCCUUCGUCUUGCUUGGCAUUGUUGUGCUACAUAUGAUGUGACUACCAACACUGGCGGGUCUAACGGUGCUACAAUGAGAUUUGUUCCUGAAAUAACUGACGAAGGGAACUAUGGGUUAGACGUUGCUCGUGCUGCAUUAGAACCAAUAAAACAACGAUACCCAACAAUUUCGUAUGCUGACUUGUGGACAUUGGCAGGAAAAGUUGCAAUAGAACAUAUGGGCGGUCCUACAAUUAUCUGGAAAAGUGGCAGAGUUGAUUAUACAAACGAUCAAGAUGUCCCACCUAAUGGGUUGUUGCCGUUUGCUGACAAAAAUGCAAACCACGUACGAAAAACAUUUACAAGAUUAGGAUUUAAUGAUCGGGAAACGGUAGCUCUAAUAGGUGCUCAUGGUGUAGGUAGAUGUCACAAACGGUUCAGUGGUUGGGAAGGUAAAUGGACCAGCAUCCCCAAAACCUUCUCAAACCAAUUUUAUGUGGUGUUACUUAAUGAAAUAUGGAGUCAGGGUGAAGUCCCGGAAACUGGCAAAACACAAUACUUUAAUGCUGAUAAAUCACUAAUAAUGCUAAACACCGACAUGGAGUUGAUUAGAGAUAAGUCGUACUUGCGUUGGGUUGAAAUUUAUGCAAAAGAUGAACCAAGGUUUUUGCACGACUUUUCCGCCGCUUUCGCAAAAUUAUUAGAGUUAGGGAUAAAACGGGAACCGUUCUAA